GCCGUUUUAUCGAGGUAACCGAUAAGAAUUCAGAUAAAAAUUAAAGUUUACGCUAACUCCAUCAAAGCUACUAAUUGUACUAUGUAGCACUGUGCAUUAGCGGGGAGGCGCGGUACAUGAGUACUUGCUGAGCACAAAAGCGCGGUUUUAACCCCGCGGUGGGCGUGUGACCAUAAACGAUCCCUGACCUCGAAUUCUUCAUUCUUUCAGCUAGUUAUCCAUCUUUCUUUUUUUUCUUUCCGCGUCGCAUCUCCAAGUCAAGCUCUCAACUUGCAGUUUGCAAAUCACCACAACACAACAUCCCGCAACACCCACACCAACCUUCGAAAAUAAAACAAACCCUUCAUUUUUAUUUCACCAGUUCUCUUCUAUUGAUUCAAGAUGUCUGACUACGGUGAUGAUGGUGAUGCUGGAGCACCGGAGGAGCCUAUGUACGAGGACGAAGAGCCCUUCGACGACGAGCUCGAUCCCGAAGUACCACAGGGAGAGGAUGAUGAUGUAAACCCCCGAGGCGCCGAGGAAGAAGAGAACGUAGUCCUUUCGGGCGACCCCUCCGCCGCUGCCAAUCGUACCAAAGCCACGACGAAGUCGAACAAGGACAAAAAGAUCCCCAAUGAAGAUCGAACAACGACUCCGUACAUGACAAAAUACGAGAGGGCCCGUGUCUUAGGUACUCGCGCCCUGCAGAUCAGCAUGAACGCCCCAGUCCUAGUGGACUUGGAGGGAGAAUCCGAUCCUCUGCAAAUUGCUAUAAAAGAGCUCCGCGAGAAGAAGAUCCCUCUGAUCGUGCGCCGAUAUCUGCCUGAUGGCUACUACGAGGACUGGUCAUGUGAGGAGCUUCUCCAGUGAGGGAACUAGGUACAGGACCUCAUUGGUCAUACCCUUUUACCUAGGUAGACCCCAACCAUCCUCCAAAUCGCCUUGAGCAGCCCUCUCGAUUAGAUCGUGGAUAUGAAGGCCAAGGUUAUAGGACUCAGGUCUACGCGAAAGACAGCCGGCAGAUAGUCCAGAGAUGUGUGCAUGAGCGCGGAGUUAGUGGUUGCUUUAAGGAAUAUACCAGAAUAUCCCCAUGCCUGCCGCUUUGGAAAAUUACUUUGGUAAUUAUCUUUGGCUGAUCGACUGCGCGGUAUCGAAUCAAAACUACUUUAUUUGGUAGUCAUGAGCCGCGUUUUCAUCCUCACCUCAAUUAUAGGCUUAAUGUAUACCUCGGUAUCAGCUGGGCCAGAGGAGCGGUGAGGGAUGAGCAUCUGUGAUAAUAACCGCAUGGUGCUGGUAGUUGAUUAAUACCAAUUCUGA